CGACUCGGAGUAGGCAAUCCAUCGGUCCUAUCUGUGGCAUGUCAUGCUAACAUGAUGUGCAACACUAUCUUUUUGACCCGAGGCAUUUCCAGCGAUCGUUUAAUACUUUCUGGAAGUUUAUUAUCUAGAUAUCGGUUUUACAUAUAAAGUAUAUUUUUAGUUGCGUAUGCUAUCAAACGAUCUACUCGCGACCUUUGCUUAAUAUCUACAGUACUGUAGCUGACGUUAGUGCUACCAGAAAAUGUUCACUGGCAUAUAAGAUAGCUAGACAGCUAAAUAGAUAGUCAUCAAAGUCGCAAAAUAUACAUAUCGCGUUUAAUUCUCUCCGGAAAGUUACUAACGGUCGUUAUUCUUUGCUUAUUUACUUUAAACAAUUGGGGAUAAUCUAUCAACAGCUCAAAACAAGAGUGAUGGUGCUUCCCUUGGUGAAUCUUUGUGCCAAAGAGGUUGUGAGUGAUCACAGUUCCUCUCCGGGUUGGCUUGGUUGUGUACCCAGGGAACUGUACAGACCGCUUCUGGAGGCUGCCUUCAGCAACUGCCGCCCGCUGGCUGUCGGGGAAUUGGUGCAGCGAUGGCCCGAGCGGACUCUGCGGGCUGGCGGCCGGAGGCAGGGGCAGAGUCCUCCAAAUCGACUCUGUGUCCAGGCUCUCUUGCUCGCGGUGGUCAGAGGGUUGUCGGACAAAAGGUGUGCUCUCCAGGUGCUGGACCUAUGUGGGCUGCAGUGUGAGGAGGGAGGAGUGGGAGACCCAAUGGGUGGUUGGUCACUGACCGUGGCCCUCAGCACCAUGGUUGUACAGGCCAGGGCUGCAGCUCAGAGGUCCCUCGGGAGAGAGGGGGAACGGGAAAGGAAGAGAGUGCUGGCCAUGGAAAGGGAGAGAGACGUGGUCAAACGAGAAAGAGGAGGAGGGUUAGAGGAAGGAGAGGGAGGCGGGCUGCUGGUGGAGUCGGUGAGAAAAGAGAAAGAGGAGACAUCGGGGUGUCUGCGGGAGGACCAGCAGGUGAAGGGGGUGAGGAGGAGGAUGGAGAUGGAGAGGAGAAAGGAGAGUGCAGCAGUGGCUGGUCUGGCAGGCGGCAAAGUGGGCGAGGGGGAGGCAGACUCUAAGGUAGACAGCGAGGUGGUGGUGUGUGUGAGGGCCGACCUCUUUGUGAAUGCCCGCUCCUGGGAGCGUGUGCGCGCAGCCCUGGGUACGACAGGGCCCCUCAAGUUACAGUGCAGGUAUGUCCGUGUGGAGGAGCUCUCCGUCUCCAGCAUCGGAUCUCUGCUAGACCUCCUACCCCGUCAUGUCCUCCUGGGGGUGGACAUCCGCUACAGCUGCCUGGGGGUGGCCGGCCUGGCUCUCCUCCUCCCUCAGCUCUCCAUGUUCCCCAUGCUGAGCUCCUUGCGCCUGCACUAUUGCAACCUGGACAUCCGCAGAGACAUGGCCGGCCAGGAGGGGGCAAUGAAGGAGAUGUCCCAGGGGCUGGGGAAGCUCAGUCAGCUGCGCCGCCUCAGCCUCACUGCCCUCCGGCUGCCUGGACACCUCCGCAUGCUGCUCAGCUCUUUCCCUCAGCCGCUGGAGGUGCUGGAGCUUCCCUACCUGAGCCUGACCCCCGCCGACCUCUCCUAUCUAUCCUGCAGCCCGCACGCCUCCUCGCUGCAGCAACUGGACCUGAGUGAGAACAGGCUGGAUGAGUUGGCCUUGCCCUCGGUGCGUCGCCUCUUCUCCCAGGCGUCCAGCUGCCUCAUGCAACUUUCCCUGAGCGGCUGUGGCCUCACCGACGGCCUGUUGGCGGCAAUGCUCCCGUCGCUCAGCUGCUGCCGGGGCCUGAAGAGCCUGGGUCUCGCCUUGAACCCGCUCUCCCUGGCCGGGCUCCUGGACCUGGUGAGGAUGGCGGUCAGGAUGCCCUCCCUCCGACAGCUUCUGUACCCCAAUCCCCUGGAGGACUACCAGCCUGGGCUGCCCCCCAUGCCCUCCAGUGCCCAGCUGCUGGACUGGCCCUUGGAUGAGCUGGUGGAGAUCCACGAGGCCACCAGUCUCCAACUGGACAGGGUGGUGAUGGAGAGUGGCCGCUCGGACCUGAUCCUGACCUGCGACCUUCUCAACUACAAUAAAGACUUGGUGGAGCAGUGAGGUCAUUGGAAGAUUGACCCCCUCCAAUUUUAAAACCACAUGACUGUACACGUGCCUGCCUACUGUCAAUCAUUCAUAAUAAUUUGUCCGAAAUUGUCAAUGUUUUUAUACCUCAGUAUUGUUGGCAAGGCUUUUAAAAUGUAGAACAGAGGCUGGUGAGGGGAGGACAGCUCAUAGUAAUGGCUGGAAUGGAAUAAAUGGAACAGCAUGUGUUUGAAACCGUUCCAUUGAUUCUGUUCCAUUCAUUUCUAUGAGCCCGGUCUCCGAUUUUAAAGUCCCACCAGCCACUACAGGUAGAAUAAUUCCGAUUACACUAUUCAGUCAUCUAGAUUUGUGUUACGAACUGAUUAUUCAACCGUUUCAGAGGAGCAUUAGGAUCUUACAGAAAAACAUACUUCAACGGGUGUUUACUAACAAGCCAACUCAAAUACUGUGUACUUAUUUACUUAUACAGUUGUCGGAUACACUGUAUAUCCGUUUGUAACAAAUGCCAGGUUAUUGUAUAUUCUCAAAGUAUAAGAAGGGGUAACAGUUCGGAUAGAGAGAGAUCAUCAGCCCAGUCCCAAUCCUACUGAGCUAAGGUUACAGCUUUUACCCUAUCGUCAUGUGCCUUCCUGUCUGCCACCAGUGCCCGUGCAAGUCUGUUGUCCAGAAAUGGCAGAUGGCUGAAUGGUGGUUACACAGACCCCGAUUAUCCCUAUCUCGUUUGUUUUUGGAAAACAUUUAAUUGUGUGAUAUGUUAACAGCUUAUUGGAAAUACAGCAAUCUGAUUAUGAGA